CUGCGUGCAGUCGACCGAUGAACUGUUCGAAAAGCCAGCAUCUCGUGGGAGUUCAAGAGCUGCAGAGAGGACAUCGAGCGCUACCAGGUAGCUGCAACUCGUUUGAGGCAUUAGUUCCGCAGUUUACGAUUAAGGGUUGCCGCAAGAAACAAGCUUUGCAGUUGCUACAACAUUACGGCGUCUAUCCCAAGGACUUACAGGCAUGAGAAGUUCCCUCACGACUUGCAUGUUUCGUCGCAUUGAGUGGGGCGAUGUACAGCGCGUAUGGGAUGGACCUGCAGUGAGUGACUGACCUGACAGCGAGCAUAUAUUUAGUCAUAUGGUACAAUCUCUUGAGAAUAUCUGAACUGUGUCAGUUGUCAGUUGAAGUGCGUCAGAUCCGAAGCUACAAUGACAGCGCUCACAGGUAUCUGGCUGUCGUUCGCUAUAUUGUCCGCGACUUCGGGUCCGACACUUGUGCUCCGGGGUCUUCUUGCGGAAGGACGUUCGCUUCGCACUCGGUAUCCGGGACCGACUCCGGAGAGUGAACGCCUCCAUGCACUGGGCGGCAUACUCAAGCGACACGUGGCUAAGCUUCGAAGUGCCCCGAGGGCGGAGCUCGUGUUUCUGGUCGACAGUUCGGCGUCCGUGGGCGCCGAGAACUUCGUCAACGAGCUGCGCUUCGUGAGGAAGCUGCUAGCCGACUUCACGGUGUCCCGAGACAGGACCCGCGUGUCCUUGGUGACCUUCAGCUCGAAGAAAAAGGUGGUCCGCGAGGUGGACCACAUCACGCUGCCGUCGUUCGACAACCACAAGUGCGCCCUGCACAACAGGCAGCUGGCAGGCGUGAAGUACUCCGGCGGCGGGACCUUCACCCUGGGAGCCAUGAAGGAGGCUAUGGACAUUCUCAAGUUUGCUCGCGAAGACGCGGCCAAAGCAGUGUUCCUGGUCACGGACGGCUACUCAAACGGAGGAGAUCCCCGGCCGUGCGCCAAGAUGCUCCGCGAUAGUGACGUCACCAUCUACACGUUCGGAAUACGCAACGGAAACGUGCGGGAGCUCCAGGACAUGGCCUCGACCCCGUACGACGAGCACUGCUACAUACUGGACAGCUUCGAAGAGUUCGAGGCACUCGCUCGAAGAGCGCUUCACGAAGAUAUGCACGUGGGUCCGUACCAGCUGGUGAACGCGACCGAGUGCGCGGGACUGUGUCCGGAAGGCCACCACUGCUGCGACCACGAGGAGCUCUGCACGUGCGGUAUAUCGUCGGGACAGUACGCCUGCCUCUGCCCCAAGGGAUACUACGGAUCGGGACUCAGGGAGGAGUGCCACCCGUGUCCCCAGGGCACCUACCAACCCGUGGAAGCAAGCGGAGACGAGAGCAUCUGCAUUCCGUGCCCGCACGCCCACCAGAACUCCUUGCCGGGCAGCACCAGCGUGGCCCAGUGCCACUGCAAGAGGGGCUACAGCACUGAGGGCGGCACCUGCAAGGUGGUCCGAUGCGACCCGCUGAGCCCUCCAGACAAUGGGUACAUGGUGAACGCGGACUGCGAGGUGGUGUUCAAUGCCGCCUGUGGGUUUCGCUGCAACCCUGGAUACCGCCUCAUCGGCAACAGCAUACGUGUCUGUCAGCAUGAUGGCAACUGGUCAGGCAGUGACCCUGUUUGUGAGAAGAAAAAGUGUUCUCCCCUAGAGUCACCCCUGCAUGGAUCCAUGAGCUGCUCCAGCGACUCGUUUGACUUUGACACAACGUGCGAGUUCGAAUGCCAGAGGGGAUAUGCACUCAUCGGCUCUCGCAAACGGACCUGCCUCUCAAUCGCCCUCUGGGAUGGCCUGCCUGUGCUCUGCCGACCUGUCACCUGCCCACCCUUGGUGGCACCAACCAACGGAGCCUUGAGCCCACCCCACUGUAGCGAGACAAAGUCAUCAUAUGGCGAGGACUGCACUGUCAUGUGUGACGAUGGAUACCGCGUUAUGGGACCCGUUGUUCGGCACUGCCUCAGCACGGGAAUGUGGAGUGAGCCGGAUGAUGUGACAAUCUGCGCCAGCAAUGAGCCUCCAGUUAUCCGAAACUGUCCAGGUGACAUAAUGGUCAACUCAGAGCCAGGUUACGGAGAAGCAAUCGUCGACUGGGAAAUGCUUGAGGCUGUGGACAAGGCCGGAGCCUCACUCUUUCUCAACGUGGCUCCAUCUGUGAUGCCGCCACACUUGUUCCCCAUAGGAGCACACGAUGUGUUGUACAGUGCCGAGGACGAGUGGGGAAAUAUGGCUUUCUGCAACUUCACCGUGACAGUGGCAGACAAGGAGCCACCUUUUGUUGAAAACUGUUUCGACCCACCUGAAGCCUUUUCCGAUGGGCAAUCAUCCGUGCACGUCUCUUGGGAGGAGCCAGCAUUUUCAGACAACUCGGGGGAAGAUGUGAAGCUGUGGCAAUCCCACAGCCCAGGAGUAGCGUUCCCUGUGGGUGAAACGAUGGUCACAUACGUAGCAACUGACACUGCCGGAAACAAUGCUUCUUGUGUCAUCAACAUCACUGUGAGAGAAAACCGAUGUAGCCAAAUACCCCAUCCAGCUAAUGGGAAUGCCGAUUGCCAAAGUAACACUUUCGGCAUCACUUGCACGAUUUCUUGCCUGGACGGUUAUAAACUUGAACCUGACAGCCCCAGGAAAUUUUCAUGCACCUUUAAAGAUGGAUGGGCUCCCUACCAACCACAGCUUUUCUCUGACUGCUCUGAGUCUGUGCCAUCUACAUCGGCUGCAGUAAAUGCGAGGAUGCUAUAUUCAGCGCCACUGGGUUUAGAGUGCGACGAAACGAUGCGAAUGGAUGUGCGAGAUCACAUUGACAUGAAGUUAGCAUCGCAGACUAUCAUGUGUGCCGAAGGUGUGAGGUGUGCUGUUGAAGACCUUCGUGUCGACUGCUCCAAGGGCGGCAUAUCAAGUGGUCACCGAGUCAAGCGCUCUCGAGAGCCGGAUCUCAACGUUUAUUUCCGUGUCACUGGCUUGCACAACAAAACAGCCUCCUCAUCUGAAGAACACCUUCUGUUUGCGAUGAAAGCAUUUCUGGAAAGACUAAAGGAGGCUGUGCUUCGGAAGGAGCUGGACGUGAAGUUGGAUGAAGGUGACUUGUCUGCAAUGCUACUUGAAGAGUCUGAAGACGUAGGCCAUCUGGUUUGUCCUGUAGGAAGCGUUCCGUCACUACCACACUGUGUGAAAUGCCCCAUGGGAACAUACUAUGAAUACUACAACCAGACACAAGUGAAAUGCCAGCCCUGUCCCAAAGGCACAUUCCAACCAAGUGAAGGACAGGAAAUAUGCAUCCGCUGCCCCAACCACACUUUCACGGCUGCUGUGAAGUCCAAGAGCAAGCACGACUGCAAAGAGCAGUGCAGGCCGGGGACUUUCUCGGGGACGGGGUUAAGACCGUGCAAACGUUGCCGCAAGUCCCACUACCAGCCCGAUUACGGAACGGCAAGCUGUAUGCCGUGCCCAAGCGGGACGCGGUCCAAACGCCGAGGCUCCGUAAGCGUGAGCGAAUGUGAAGCGCUUUGUUCUCCUGGUUUCGUGUCCAAGUCCGGCGUCGUGCCUUGUUUCAAGUGUCCGAAUGGGUACUACCAGCCUAAGCAGGGACAGAAGGUGUGCCGCAGGUGUUCCGACGAUACCAGGGAUGAUGCGAUAGCCCCAGGCAGCGCGGUCUUGGGACACUGCAACGGUUCUGCUCCAUCAACUGAGAGGAUGGACCUGCGAGACUUUGUGGAAGCCAAUUCUUGCCUUUCUCAACCAUGCUCAAACGGAGCAACAUGCAUUGUAGUGCCUGCUGGUUUCCUGUGCAAGUGCCAGCCUCCCUUUGCAGGUCCACGAUGUGAACGCAGAAGAAACCAGUGCACUAAGAAUCCAUGCCGAUUUGGAGCAAAAUGCACGGAAGAACCAAGUGGCUUCAGCUGUCUUUGCCCUGCAGGCCGAACGGGCGCCGACUGCUCUGAAGACAUUAAUGAAUGUACCCUGACUCCUUGCCAAAACAAUGGCACUUGUUCCAACACGCUCGGCAGCUUUAGCUGCAACUGUAAGCAAGGGUUCGCAGGUCAAACCUGCUCUGAGGAUGAAAACGAAUGUUUGAGCACACCAUGCCUGAAUGGAGGCACGUGUUUGGAUCAACCUGGAAACUUCAGCUGUAUCUGUCCUGCGUUGUUUGGAGGCCGCUGGUGUGAGGAGGAGCUGGAUGCCUGUGCGAGUGGACCUUGCCUCAAUGGUGCGAAAUGCGUGAACCUGGGAUCCCACUAUAGAUGCGUGUGCUCACCCGGGUACCAUGGUGAGCACUGCGAUAUCGACAUCGACGAGUGCUCCACAGCGCCAUGUAACGCGGGCGCAACGUGCCUGGACCUCGUUGGCCGGUUCGCAUGCUCCUGCCCGCCUGGACUUACUGGAAGAUUGUGCGAAUCAGAAGCUGACCCUCGUUUCAAGCUUCAGUUUUCCGGCACAAAUGUAUUUGACAGGGCAUCCAUCAAGUCACUGAGAAAGCCUAUGACUGAACUGACAGCUUGUAUGUGGUUGAAAACAACGGACAGAUACAACUAUGGAACGCCAUUCUCUUACGCAACGGAUAUCACUGACAAUAUGCUCACCUUCACAGACUACAGCGGUUUCGUGUUGUACGUCAACGGGCACCGCAUUGUCACGGACAUCACAGCAAAUGAUGGGUACUGGCACCAUGUGUGCUUCAGCUGGUCUUCCAGUGAAGGCUUGUGGAGCAUUCUCAAAGAUGGCAGACUGGCAGAGAGUGGUACUGGCCUUGCUCCUGGCAUAGAGAUACCAGCUAAUGGAACCCUUGUCCUGGGCCAGGAACAGGACAGGCAAGGAGGCAGCUUCUCCAUCUCCGAGUCGUACUCUGGCGAGAUUACUCUUGUGAACAUGUGGAGCACCGUGCUAAGCGUCGAAGAAGUGGCCUCGCUACUCACGUGCUGCGAGUUCUACUUCGGUGAUGUGGUCGCUUGGACUGACUUCCGGAACAGUCUUAGCGGGCACAUCUUGGCGGACAGCUGGGGAUUUUGCCAAGGGUGUCCGCCACCACCGGCACCCAUCCACGGAAUCGCCAGCUUCUCAACAACCAAUACUGCAUCUGUGGCCACCUACAGCUGCGACCAAGGGCACACUGUUAUGCGGGCCACAACACGUAGGUGCCUCGCUUCAGGAGAGUGGUCACAUCCAAUACCAGCUUGCAUUGGUGUACCAUGUAGAAUCCCUGCAGAGCCAGCAAAUGGCAACGUCCAGGGAUCCGUGUUCCGGUACUCGGCCAAGGUCACAUACGUUUGCAGGAGCGGCUACCGGAUCCUCGGUUCUAGUGAACGGCACUGCCAGGAGGAUGGACAGUGGAGUGGAGAAGAACCGCAGUGUGAGAGCAUCACAUGCAACGGAUAUCCGCAUGUGGCUAACGGAGUGCUUGCUCCUUCCAACGAGAGCCUGUUUCGGCCAGGCUCUAAGCUACGAGUAAUCUGCAAUGAGGAAUACAAAUUUAUCGAGGGGGAACUCGUGUGCACAGAACGUGGUGAAUGGAGUCCUCCUAAUGCCAUCUGCCAGCCAAUCAGCUGCCAAGAACCACUGACAGUAGCCAAUGGUGUUGCUGGACUCGCUUCGGAAGUGGAUGGUGCACGCGUCGUUGUGACGGUCACCUACUCUUGUCACAACGGGUUCGAACUGAGAGGCUCGAAGAAUUUGACCUGUGACAUAGGAGUUGGAAUGUGGUCGCACGACCCACCGACGUGCGAGCGUGUGUCUUGCGGGAAGCCCACCAACCUGUCAGCAGGAGUAUUGUGUGAGGUUGGCAACAAGCACUUCUUCGGGGACGUCGUGAGCUGUCGCUGCAGUUUCGGCUACAAGAUCUCCGGUCACAUGGAGAUGGUUUGCCUGGCUAACAAGACAUGGUCUUCGCUGCAAGCAACAUGCACACCUGUGAAGUGUCCAAGGCCCGUGGAACCACAACAUGGGGAAGUAGUCGCCACAAACUUGGAGUUUGGAGGAAUGGCAAAUUACCUGUGCCACCCUAAUUACACAUUACUGGGGAACCGCUGGAGAAGAUGCAACUAUGAUGGGUCAUGGAGUGACCAUGAGCCACUGUGCAUUCCUCUCGAAUGCCCUUCUCAUCCGCCUGUCACUAACGGGAGGACCAGUGGGUCCGCCCGGACACUGGGAAGCACCGUCUCAAUCACUUGCUCCCAUGGCUUCGAACUGCAUGGCGCUUCUACACGAAUAUGCAACACCGCUGCUGAGUGGUCGCCUCCGAAGACACCUUUGUGCGAACCUGCAGGCUGCUCCGACCCUAUCGUUACUCCGCAGGUGGUGGUCUCGUACAUGGACACUGCUCUGGGCAGCUUAGCACGCUUCUCGUGCACUGAAGGCUACAUCCUGGUGGGCAACGAAGUGGCUGUAUGCGGCUGGGCCGGACUGUGGGUGCAGUCGAUUCCCGACUGCAUACCGGUGGACUGUGGACCACCACCCCCGCUAGAACAGGGACAAGCAGUGAAGACAGAGAGUACAAAGUUCCAAGGUGUGGCUAAGUACACCUGCCGACCGGGAUUUCGUCUCCUGGGUUCUGGCCAAAAAAUGUGCUCAGCGAAUGGAACGUGGAAUGGCGACAUCAGAUGCGACGUUUUAUCGUGUCCCAAGCCUGAGCAUGUCCCCCACGGUACUGCUGCGUACUCAAGCAUCACAUUUGGUUCUAGCAUUGAGUACCAGUGCGAUCCUUGGUUCGAGUUGCAUGGGGUCCAACAGAGGAUAUGCCUGGCUGAUGGAAAAUGGUCAGGGUCAGUUCCACAAUGCCUGCCUACGCCGUGCACAGUACCAAGACCAAUCAAACAUGGACGGGUCCACACAACGCCAUCCUUCAGCCUGUUCUCUUGUGAAUGGGGCUUCAGACUCGUUGGGCCCAAAGCCCUUCGGUGCCGCGCUGAUGGAACCUGGAGCGGUGAGCUUCCAGAAUGUGUUCCCAUGAACUGUUCGCUUCAAGGACAAGUGGCCAAUGGCAGGCUAGUUCAGGACGAUGCAACUGGAGAGACGGUUCGUGUGUCCUGCGACCCACGUUACCAACUGCAGGGUGUGAACCGCUGGACGUGCCUGGCCAACGGGUCAUGGAUCGUGCCGGGGGAGACCACGUGCCUGCUUGCCGAGUGUCCACCCCCUGAUCCUCCGGUCAACGGAGUAGUUUCAGGAACAGAUUUCAACAUAUCAAGUGUCGUUUUCUACCACUGCAAUCCGGGCUACACCCUGGAUGGUCUACAGCAACGGACCUGCCUGGACACUGGACAAUGGGAACGUGAUGUGCCCACUUGCAAGGUGGUGAAAGGAUGCGGCACAGCAGCUCACCCGUGUCCUAACUUCUCCUGUCCGGAACCUAAACAGCCCCUGAAUGGUCAUGUCACCUAUGAUCGACUCUCAGUGGGGGGCACAUCCAGUUAUACCUGCCAGCCUGGGUACCGCCUGUCAGGGCCACCUUCGAGGCUAUGCGGCCGUGACGGACGCUGGGAAGGCAGGGAGCCCUCGUGCCGAGCCAGACGGUGCCCCCCUAUGCAGGCCACACCAGAGCAUGCCCGCGUCGACUACACGGGAUUUACACAAGGCCACAAUGCCACCUACUCCUGUGACAUGGGUUACUCGGCCCGGGGGUCCUCCAGAUCUGUCUGCCAGUCAGACGGAUCCUGGAAGCGGGAGGGUACAUUUGAAUGCCUUCAAGACCACUGCCCACACCUCCAAAGCCCGGCCCGAGGAAGGCUGAUUAUAGAGGGUGCCUGGGUGGGGGCCAAGGCUCAUUAUGAAUGUGAUGCUGGUCACACUAUGCUGGGUGGUGCCUCUCGCGUCUGUGAAGCUGACGGCACAUGGAGCGGAAGGGAGGCUUCCUGUGUCGCUCCUUGAAGUCUUUGUCCUUGAACUGUGUCUGAUACAAAAACUUGAAUAUAUAGAAGAACAAUGCGACUUUAACUGUGCACGUGUUUUAAUACUGGAGGUGAAGAGAUGUAGAAAUAUAUUUAAUGCAAGCUGGAGUUUUUUGGCCAGCCGAAGGGCCAGCAUACUGUCUCACAUGCUGGGUGAAAGCUGUAUGUAGAAAGUGAUCAGAAAAGCACAAAUAGCAUAUACACCUACAGGUGUGUACACAGAGUCAAACUGUCAAUAAAGUCUCUCUGCCCA